GUUGACCGAUCUGCAACGCGCGCAGCGUCCGCCCGAAACAAUCAACAAGCAGUGUGGUGUGGCCAUUGACAGCAAUAAAAGUAACCCCCCAUUCACCAACAUGUCCGUCCUCACACCCUGUCUGUGGAAAUUCGCCCUGAUGGUGUUCCUGUUGGCUGCCAGUUGCACCCAAGCCAACGAUCAGGACCAAGAUCUAGUGGCAUCAGCCUCAGCACAUAAAGAUUCUUAUUACAAAAAGCUCACCCGACACACACGUGCGCUUGGCUUUUUCCAGAAGGUUGGCAAAAUAGCCUAUCAGCAGUACAACGAUACCGCCUGGACGUUCAAGAACAUCUAUGAUAUUUUAACUAACGAGUUCACCGAUACCUUCACGACAACGACACCAAAUCCCAAACUAUCCACCACGACUCCGGAUCCAUCUACGAGUACAACCGCCAAGUAUCGAAUAUCCCGUGCCGAGCUGGGUCGUAUCCUGAACCGGAACUACCGGGGUCUACAAAAGCUUUUCCGAAUAGAAUGGAACGAUGCCUGGAAUCAAACCUAUUACAAUGUUGAAAUCUAUAAAAAUGAACUGAAAAACUCGGUAUAUGGACCAGGCAACUUUACCAAGGAGGGUAGCACAACCACUACAACAAGGAGACCUACUACUACUAGCAGCACCCGUAAUCGACUAUGAUGGGGCUUUGAGCAAUAAUCACGUUCAACUUUUGGAAGAAGACUAUUAGAACUGAUAAGGGGAUUUUUCUGUGAUAGCAACGUAAAAACAAAUAUUUGUUAGUGUUUUGUAAUUUUUCAGCGGGGAAUAUUUAUCCUAAUAGGCUAAAGCUGUCUAGACAUUUGCUUACAGAUGUUAAGGUGGAAUACAGGUGAGCUUUCUGCAAAAUCGACAGAACUAACGGGUGUAUGAGCUGUUAGUUCUCUCGAUAGGUUCAUCGUUUUGAGUAAUUGAUAAGGAUUUUAUUUUAAGUACAAGCGUGAAAAGUGUGUUUGUAGUGCCAAUAAAAUCAAUUGAUUCGUAAAA